AAUCAGGAGAGGCGUUCUUUUAGCUCCAUCCAAUAGCAGCUGCUCUUGUUCCCAGUCAGCUGUGGGAAGGGCAGCUCGCUGCAGCUGUUGGAGGAGUUGGUCUCACUGAGCCCAGAUCCACAUUGUGGAUAAAUAAAAGUCCUUGUGAGUAUCCACACAGUCCUGAUCGUGGUGUGCAGCUGCGGGUGUGGAUGGGGGGAAACGGCCCGAGUCACUUUUCUCAAGAGGAUGGAGAGGGUGGAGUUACUUUUGUGAAGGGCAUUCGGAGUCAGCGGCUUUACGACUCACUCUGCUCUGGUGUGAGUGUUGUGGGUGGUAAAUAUAGAAACAGAAAAACAAGAACUUCUGAGAGAAAACAAACACUGAGUCAGAAUAGAACAGAGCUGCUGGAGAGGAUUUUCCCAACAAGACAAACCCGAUGAGAAGGAGGUUUAAAUCUGUGACAGUACAUUUACUGAAGCGUAGUACAGACAAUUUAGAGCUGUCAGACAAAGUCAUCAAACGGAUGAAAGAGUCUUCAAACGCCGUCACUCCUCAACAGUCACAGAAUGAAAAUCCUCCCCCACACUCACCUGAAACACAAGUGCCCACCCCUGUUCCUGCCCCCUGUGUUGAACACUUAAUACCUCUCCUGACGGCUCCUCCUCCUCCACAUCCUCCAUUCAUCCCCCCUCCACCUCCUCACGAAGCUCCAUCCUCGCCUCCAGCAGUGGAACCUGCUCCUCCGGUAAAACUCAUCCCUCCUCCUCCUGUAAAGUUCCACUCCCUUCCCCCUUCCUCUGUGGAGCCUGCAGCGCCGCCAAAAACUCCGCCUCAGACGGACCCUGUUGUCUCAGCACCUCCUCCACCCCCAGCUACACCUUCUCCUCAAGUGGAAGCAUCCGUGUGUCCUCCUCCGCCUGCUAUAGUGGAGCCAGUAGUCCCACCUGCUGUCGAGUCCUUCAUCCCACCUCAUGUAAAGCCACAAACUCCAUCUGCAGAGUCAUCUGCAGCAGCUGUAGCGCCACCUGAGCCUUCUGAUUUUGUGGAACCAACAUCUCCCACUACUUAUCAACCUGCGGCCGUAGCUCCCUCUGUUCAACCUCAAGAUCCUGUUGUCCUGUCAGUGCCACUCAUGGAAACAGUCCAACAUCCACCCACUGUUGAGUCUACACCAGCUGAGCCAAUAAUCCCACUCUGUCCCAUUGAUUCAGCUCCAGCUCCAGUUGAAGCUGUAGUUUCACCUCUGCAAGUGGAGCCAACGCUUGUUGAGCCGGUAGUCCCAGCUGCUGCAGCAGCAGUUGAAGAAGUGCCUCCAGUCGUGGUUCCAGCUGUGGAUCCGCCGUCUCCAUGUGAGGUGGUUCCACCUCCAUCAGAGCCUGUAGCAGCACAAUCGUCUGCUCCAGAACUCACUUUUGAAGAGCCCUCCCUGCCCUGUCACUGUGUGGAGCUGGCUGUCGUGCCCACUGUUGCGCCUGUAAGUGAAGCCCUCGUAGAGCCUCUAGCACCACCUCCACCUGAUCCAGCUCCUCCUGCCGAGGAGCCCACCAUCACCCUGUCUCUGCCCCCUGUCGCUGAGGACAAAGUGCCCGCUGUCGCCUCAGUGCCACCACCUGCAGCAGCUUCUCCUGUUUCUCCUGAGAUGGUGGAGGAACAGCUGAGGCAGAAGAUCAAAGAGGAGAUGCAGAGACGUCUGGAGGAGGAGAUCAGCCAGAAGAGGCAGGAGCUGCAGCAACAGCUGGAGGAGGUGAGGGCUCAGGCUCAAGCGGAGGCCAGAGCAGCAGCUCAGGCUCAGGUGGAGGAGCAGGUGAAGAAGACUCUGGAGGCGGAGAAGGCGGCGUACACUGAGAGCCUGACAGAAUCCAUCGUGAAGGAACGAAUGAAGACAGAAGAUGAGAGGCUCAUGGUGCAGCUUUAUUGGAUGGAGAUGAAGGCUCAUCAACUCGAGGAGAGGGAGGGAGAGCUAAAGAAACGAGGCGCUCUGUACAAGGAACACGUCGCUAAGCUUGAAGCAAAGGUAAGCUCCGUUUUGAGUAGUUCUCGUCCCUACGUCUCAUUUAAGAUUAAGUUACAUUAAAGCCCCUGAAAACUUCAAAAACCUCAAAACCUCCUGUUUUAUAUCAAUAACAUUAAAUAUUUAUGACUAUUAUAAAGCAAGUUUUCAGUGUUGCGUUCACCUGCGGCAGGCAGCUGUUUUCAGAAAACAAACUCGACGUUGCCUGCUCUGCACAGCUGGUGAUCAGGAGUUGGUGGAGACCAAAGUCAGAGUUAAAAGAGAGAGCAUGCCAGACUUAUUUUCCCCAGGUGGACUCCCAAGUUGUGCAGAUUAAAGAUAAUGUUGCACCAAAGCUGCUGCAUGUUUAAAUAAGCAUUGAUUUUCAACUUGGUGAUAUGUGUCCACGACCUGUUUCUGACAGCUGAAAAAAGUUCAAUCUAAAUUUAGGAUAGCUUCAGCGAUCUGUUAAGUUUCUUAAGAGUCUCAGAUGGCUCCAGCUCAGGAAUGAUUAUACAACAUAUCAUUAGUUAUGACCUGUAAGUGUAGAUUUAGCCUACUUUGCAUUUUAUUUGAAUAUCUGCUGACAUGUUGCAAACACCCUGUGUGCAAACAACAGAAUAAAGCUUCCGUCUUUACUGG